AUGCAACAACACCCUGGAGUACAAACGGCCUCGUAAACCACCGAAGAAGAAAAAGGCAAACGCUCACCCUCGGCCACCAUGAAGGGACCAAUGGCAGUUUCUGCCCCUGACUUUAAAGAAUAAGCCUUGUUAUUUCUACAAGUGCUGAAUCCACUUCCUGGACUCAAGUCGAUGCGACGCCGAAUCAAUAUCUUGGUCCUGCAGAAUGUCCAAGAUCAGGCGGAAGGUAACAGUGGAGAAUUCAAAAACCAUAUCUGAUAGCAGCAGCAGCAGCAGCACCACGACCAGCAGCACCAGCAACCCCGCCGCCCCGUCCCGCCGGCCCAGUGUGUUUGAAAGACUUGGCCCCAGCACUGGGAGUAAUGCUGCUGAUAGUCACUGCAGAAAUUGGCUGAAGACCGGUAAUUGCAGUUACGGCAACACUUGUCGCUACACACAUGGAACUCAGCCACGAGGCAAAGGAUUUAGCUUCAGCCGGUCAGCCGAGAGACCCACAGGUGAUCUGCGGGAGAGGAUGAAGAAUAAAAGACAGGAUGUUGACCCAGAAAACUUGAAGCGAGAGCCAGACGAGCCCACAUCCCCCACAGCGAGACAGAGAGACUCUUCCAGAGGCCGACACAGGGAAAAGGAGGAUAUAAAGAUCACAAAGGAGCGCACCCCAGCCAGUGAAGAAGAGCCCACAGAGUGGGAAACCAAUCGCGAAGACUCAGAUAUCGGUGACUACGACUACGAGUUAUCCCUUGAGAUGAAGCGACAGAAGAUUCAGCGUGAGCUGAUGAAGUUGGAGCAGGAGAACUUGGACAAGAGGGAGGACAUUGUCAUCAAGAAAGAUGAGACCCCCACCAAAACAAGAGCCACCGCCAUGCCGAAGGCCUCCCCAGAGCCGUUAAGCAAGCAAGACUCGCCCUCAUCCAGGAAGUCAAGUGGAUCCCCAAAACACAAAAGUGGAACCAAAGGCCCGGGCUCUGGAAAGAAAGAGAAGAAGGCAUUAGUGCCCUCGCCGGUUUUAGAAUCUACCAGGCCUUCAAAAGGGAGCCACAGUAAGAAGAAAGGGCCCCGGACCCCGAGUCCUCCUCCCCCAGUCCCUCUAGAUAUUCCUGUAAUUGGGAAGAAACACAAAGGCAAGCACAAGAACAAGGAGAAGUCUGUGGAGAAGCAGAAGGAGGCGAAAGAUCGGGGGCGAGAUACAGAAAAACACAAAGAGAAGAAGGAGAAACGCAGGGACCGAUCAGACAGUUCCCACAAGGCCAAGCGGUCAAUGACAUCAGAGGAGCGUUCCGGUAGUGUGUCAUCUCCCUCCAGGGGCACUUCGCCCCCAGCCAGGAAGAAAUCCACUUCUCCGAAGGCUUCGUCCCAUAAGACCCCCACACUGGUCUCCCCUCCUCGCAGGUCACCCUCUCCUCCACGCCACCAGCGCACCCCCACUCCUCCACGCCACCACUCGCCCUCCUCCCACUCGGGUUCCUCUGCCCAGCGGCACUCUUCGUCUCCUCGCCGCCGGCGCUCGUCCUCUCCCACCUACCACCGGAGCGCGGCGGCCCCGGCGUCUGCCUCCUCCCCUCCGAGCUCCCGGCGCUCCCGAUCACCUCCCGCCUCCCACGGCGCCGCCUCUCCACACCGCCGAUCUGACAGAUCGAGCCCCAGCCAGCGCCACUCCAGUGGCCGCGAGAGGAGCCGUGGUGAAAGAGAGAGGAGUCCGCCUGCUCAGGAGCGCAGGCAUGAGCGCAGAGAUGAAAGCCGCAGCAAGCGAGAAAAAGAGCGCGACGAACGGGACUAUGACUCUGAACAGGUCUCAUCACGGGACGCUCGCGAUGACCGCGAGACCAGAGAGGCUCGUGAGCGACGGGACGGUCGCGACCGAGGAAGGGAAACGACCCGAGAUUCUCGUGACAAUCGAGACAACAGGGACGUGAAGGACUCCAGAGAGAGCAGAGCAGAGACCCGCUCCAGUCGAGAGUCGCUGGAGCGCCGUGACCGCGAACGGGAACGAGAGAGGGACCGGGAGAAGGAGAAGGAGAGAGAGCGAGAAAAGGAGAGAGAGAGGGAGAGGACUGACACCCACAGGAAGGAGGAACCGGCUCACGAGGACAGGAGUUAUGGGAGAGGUCAUGGACGGGAAGACGGAGGAAGAGCUGAAGGAAGGACGGACAACAGGACAGACAGAACUGAGAGAAAUGGACGAGGGAGAGGGCGUGCUACUGAAACUUCUGAUAAAGGCUCAAACAGGAACUCCCGGGGUUCCCAGCUGGAGAACAGCCAUGACAACUGGGAGUCGCGGAGCAGCGCGGUGCGUGAGCGGAGUGUAGAGAGGAGCACCGACCGCACCGCUACCGAAAGGAGCUCUGAGAGGGGCGCAGACAGAGAUCGCUAUGAGGGUGACAGGAGAGGAGAGCAGGCCAGAGACUCCUCCUACGACAGGAGAGGAGGGCACGCAGAGCGGGAUCGCAGAGACAACCGAGAGAGAGGUGGAGAUCAAAGAGCAGCCUCUCCAAAUAGACACCAGGGGAGAUCAGAUGAGCCUGAGAGGGAGGAGAGGAGGGAGGACCGCAGGACAGAUAGAACGGAGGAGAGAAGAGACGACAGGACUCGUGACCGGGAGAGGGAGAGGGAGCGGGAGAGAGAGAGGGAGAAAGAGAAGGACCGAGAGAGGGAGAGGGAAAAGGAGCGAGAGAAGGAGGCGGAGAGGGAGCGGGCCAGGGAGAGAGAGCGGGAGCGGGAACGAGAGAGGGAGAGAGAGCGAGAGAGGGAAAGGGAGCGGGAGGAGCGGGAGCGAGAGAGGGAGGAACGGGAGAGGGAGAGGGAGAGGAAGGAGCGGGAGAGGGAGCGGGAGAGAGAGAGGGAGCAGCGGGAGAGAGAGAGGCAGCGGGAAUGGGAGGAGCGAGAGAGAGGGCGAGAGGAAAGGCGGGAGAGGAGAGAUGACACCAGGGACGACCGGCCCAUCAGAGACACCCGGGAUGACCGCAAGACGAGUCGCAAGAGGCCCAGGGUGGAGAGCAGCCCGAGCCCAAGGGCCUCGCCGAAGCGAGCUGCUCGGGACGUCAGUCCUGCAGACAGCGACGGCUACAACAGUGCAGAAGAGAAAAGUGAGCGCCCGAUCGGCCGAGGGCCGGCCAAGCUCCACCCUCCGCCCCUCCUCCCCAGCCCAGUGUGUCUGCAUCCACCUGACAGUGCUGACAAAAAUCGCAUGCUGAGCCAGGUGGUGCGGCCCCAGGAGCCCUUGUUGCGUUCUCCCCCGAGGGCUGUUCCGACUGAUGAGAAGCCCGCUCACUGGAAGGAUGAGGAGCGCAGAGGAGCCGCUGACAAAAGGGAAGCACGCAGCCGCCAUGAGGACCUGGAGCCUCGCGGGGAACGCACCAGAGGAGGCGACAGGCGAGGAGAGCCCCUUGUGGAAACCCCGUCCGACUCUCGUAGCAGAGGCAGAGACCAGCGAGAGUCCACGCCGCCUCCCCCGCCCCCCCCUCCUUCGGCCCUCGCCGCUUCCAGCGAAGACAGAGACACUGCUGGCUCACAGUCCCACGAGGAGGGUAAAAAGAAGACAAAGUCUCAGAGGAAGGGACUGAAGAAGGGUCGCAAGGAAGAGGAGGUUGGCGGUGGCAACAUUCUGGCAGGUGCGGGAGAACGUUUCAAGUCCGAGCCCCCAACCAGCGGUGCUGUAGACGUACCUCCACCCGUACACUCGCCCAAGAAAGGAGCCAAGAAGAAGGCGCUUGAUCGAAAGAGGAAACGGUCACGAGAGGGAGAAUCUGAUGUGUCUGAUGAAGAUUUAUCUGCCCCUCAGCCACAUAAUAAGAGGAAGCGAGGGCCCAGGACGCCACCACCGUCGAUGAGGCCGGAUCACCGUGGUACUGGAGGCAUCACAGAGCCAUCUCCUCUGUCCAAAAUGGACAACUUCAGUGACUGGUCAGAUGAGGAGGUCACAGACCGAGGAGCACCACUGGAAACACAACCUCCACCGGCUCCGGCUGAGCAUCUUAAGAGAGGUGUUGUCCCCAGAGUGGGCAGGGACAGGGAGCGGUGCCACCCUCCUCCCAUCGCCCCUCUGCUCCCCCAAGAUCCUCCAAUACUGCUGCUGCCGACUCUGACUCCGCAGCCCCUCAUGUCCCAGCCGCUGCUCCGCAAACUGCCCCCGGAGCAGACGCGCAGCAGCAGCAUGGGGAGCAACCAGAGCCGCACGUCAUCCAGACGCUUGCGAUCACCCUCCAACGAGUCAGCGCACCGAGAAGACCCCCAAGGUCCACGACCCCGCCGGGGCAGGCUGCAGGGUGCCAACUCUCGGGACCGAGAGCGGGAAAGGGAGAGGCCAGUCGUGACUGACCCUCCGGUGGCCGAGAGGAAGUCUCGAAUCGACCAGUUGAGGAGAGGAGAGCCCAGUCGCAGCACCUCCUCAGACCGCCAGGAUUCACACAGCCACAGCUCCAGGCGCAGCUCCCCUGACUCUGAGAGGCUGGCCAGGUCAGAGUCCCGCGCCGGCUCCUACGACAGUCGAGAACGGGAGAGAGACAGGGAGCCGUUUGAGCGGGAACGAGACCGAAAGGACCUCCGGCCUCAGCAGCAGCAGCAACCGCAGCAGCAGCAGCAGCCCCUGCUCCUCCAACCGCCCCUACAACAGCCAAGAGACUGGGAGCCUGAACCCAGGGACUGGCCUAGCAGGGCACGGGAGCCCCUACUGAUGCGGCCUGGCCGGGAACCUCUCCUGAGGGAGCGGGACAUCAGGGACAGGGAACGCUUGCUCCCCGAAGGACUCAUGCAGCAGCACGAGCGGGAACGGGAAAGAGAGCGAGAGAGAGACGGUAGAGGUGACCGAGGCGGCGAUCGAGAGAGGGAGAGGAUGAUGAUGAUGGACCUGCCGCCCCACGGAGACCCCAGGGCCCCGGCACGAGGCGACCUGAGGGGCGACCUGAGGGGCGACCUGAGGGGCGACCUGAGGGGCGACCUGAGGGGCGACCUGAUGAGACAGGAGAGGAGCGAAUAUGAGCCUCUGCUGCCAAGAGAGGCCUUCAGCCCUCCAGAGCCGGAGAAACCAAGCAACAGUCACCAUGUCAUAGGAGAGCAACGGGAGCUGGAGAAGACGGACAGCAUCGAUGGUAAGAAGAUCAAAACACUUUAUUUUGUCACUUUCUUUCCGAAUUUCCAACAUGAAGUCUUUGUGUUCUCAGGAGACGAUGAUGGGAAAGAAGACGAUGGCCAGUCAGUUGCGUCUGUGGGAGAGGAGUAUGAACCGAUCAGUGAUGAUGAGCUGGACGAAAUUCUGGCCGACAGCCAGAAAAAAGAGGAUCAGCAAGACGAUGAAAAAAUUACAGGUCCUCUGGAUGUCAUUGAUGUGGACUGGUCCAGCCUGAUGCCCAAAACAAAGCCAGAGCCGCGGGCAGCGGGGGCAGCGUUGCUCCGGUUCACCCCAGGGGCCGUGCUUCUUAGGGCGGGAAUCUCCAAGCGCCUCGCUGGGCCUGAGCUCCUGGAGCAAGUCAGAGAGGUGUGCAAGUCUGAGCUGGACGACCCCAAAGAUGCUGACAAGCUGUUUGAGCAUGACCUGGGGGCUCUGAAUAUGGCCGCCCUGAACAGGCGGGUGGAGAGGGCAGGUUUGCUGAGAAACCUUGGGCCCUGCUGCAAGGCCCUGUGCGCCCGCAGGGACUUCGCCAUCCGCCGGCAGCUGUUAAAAAAUGACAAGGGCCUCACCAAGCAGUACCCCGCUACGCCCGUGGUGGACAACGAGCUGCUGCAGAUGAGCAUGCGUCUCUUCAGAAGGACCGUGGCUGGCCCCGCCGCGGGCCCAGAGCGGGCCGAAGCCAGUGGGUCGGUACCAGCAGCCGAGGUUGCGCCAGCUGGUAGCAGUAAGCUCAGCACAGCGCAGCCAGAGGUGUGUGUGUCCUAAGAGAAAUGGGUUUUGAUUAGUCAAACACAUGAAAGUGAACACGUCUGACUCUGUCCCGUUUCAGUUCAUACAUAGCAUUUUUAGUCAUGAGAGGAAAUAAAAAGAAAACGUCAAACUUGUGAGUCUCACUCAGUUGUGCUUUACAUAUUUUGGAUGAAGUUCUCUGCCAUAGACUACUGGACAUUCAAGCCUAUGGAGUGUUAUGAAACAUGUAUGAGAGGCGUAAAACCCUAAAAUUUCUGUUUUUUGUGCUUUGCAAUGGUUUAGAGCAUCUUUUUCACUGUCAGUUUCACCUGCCUAACCAAGUUCAAAUGACUAUUUUGUUUUUGUUUAUUGUGCAUUGGUUUCUACGACUGCAUUAAAAUGGUUAGAUGUC